GAGAGAGGGAGAGGGAGAGAGGGAGAAAGGGAGAGAGAGAGAGAGAGGUAGAGUGGGGUUGACUCAGAGUGCACUAAGGUGGAAUUAGUGUGUAGUGGAGGAGCAGCAGCAGCAGGAGCAAGAGCUGGAGCGGCAACGGCAAUUGUAGCUUAAGCUAAAGCUAACUGAGCCAUGUUCCUGCUGCUGGAGCUGAAGCUGCUGCUGUUGUGUGUCUGUUAGCGGGCCGCCCUGGACUCCCUAUCCGCCCUGAGGUGCAUCAUGCCCGGCUGGAAGAAGAACAUCCCGGCCUGUCUCCAACCGGACGAGGAAGGAGAUGAAGGGCCGUACACAAAACACUCAAGCGGAUCCAGACCUUCAGAUGGAGCUCUAGCCAUCAGGAGGCAGAGCAUACCAGAAGAGUUCCGGGGCUGCUCAGUGGUGGAGUUGACCAAGAAGGAGGGAACGACGCUCGGACUUACGGUGUCUGGUGGCAUCGACAAGGACGGGAAACCACGGGUUUCAAACCUACGGCAAGGAGGCAUCGCUGCCAGGAGCGAUCAGCUAAACGUCGGAGACUACAUCCGCUCAGUCAACGGUAUAAACCUGGCCAAGUUCAGACAUGAUGAGAUCAUCAGUCUGCUGAAGAACGUGGGCGAGCGCGUGGUCCUGGAGGUGGAGUACGAGCUGCCUCCUGUCUCAGUGCAGGGCUCUGGUGUUGUCUUUAAAAAUGUGGAGGUUACGCUGCACAAAGAGGGGAACAGCUUCGGCUUUGUCAUCAGAGGUGGCGUUAAUGAGGACAGGAAUAAGUCCCGCCCGAUCGUCAUCGCAACCAUUAGACCGGGUGGACCAGCGGACAGGGAAGGAACCAUCAAACCUGGAGAUCGGUUGCUCAGCAUCGAUGGCAUUCGUCUCCAUGGUAGUACUUUAGCGGAGGCCAUGAGCAUCCUGAAGCAGAGUGGACAGGAAGCUACGCUGCUAAUAGAAUACGACGUAUCAGUAAUGGACUCUGUGGCCACUGCAUCCGGCCCCCUGCUGGUGGAAGUUGCCAAAGCGACAGGCUCCAGUCUGGGAGUGGCUCUGUCCACCUCCAUGUUCUGCAACAAGCAGGUCAUCGUCAUCGACAAGGUGAAACCGGCCAGUAUAGCAGACAGGUGCGGUGCCCUACAUGCCGGUGAUCACAUCCUGUCAGUGGACGGGAAGUCGAUGGAGUUUUGUUCUCUGGCUGAAGCCACUCAGCUGCUCUCUGCCUCCUGUCAGACGGUUCGUAUGGAGAUUCUGCCGCAGCAUCAGGCUCGUCCGGCCCUGAACGCACCUCAGCAGGUCAAGGUGCAGCGUAGUCCCCGCCCCCUCCCCUGGGAGACUGCAGGCUCCGCCCCCAUCCUCCCUCCCUACCACUACAACACCUACCACCCCGACCAAUCAGCGCCCAGAUCGCACAACCGCCACCCAAACAACCCUUCUCUCAGUCACUCGUUCUCCCCUGGCUCCAUGUCGGCCUACAGUCUCUCGUCCCUCAACAUGAGCACCGUACCCAGGAACAUGUAUCCCACCAGUCCCCGGAGCACACUGAUGAGGAGGAAAAACAAGAAGAAAGACUUUAAGAGCUCCCUGUCUCUUGCGUCCAGCACUGUGGGUCUUGCCGGUCAGGUCGUCCACACGGAGACUACGGAAGUGACGUUGCUUGGCGACGGCAUCAUGGGGUUCGGCCUGCAGCUGCAGGGAGGAGUGUUCGCCACUGAAACGCUGUCGUCGCCGCCGCUCAUCGGUGUUCAGUCCGGUCUGCUUGGUAGAUCACUCUGGCCUGGGCAUUUGAAUAGCAGCUCCCAGGCCCCAAAAAGUGUUGAUACUCUGUAUUAUAAAGUUGUUUGGUUAUUUAAGGCAAAGAUCACAGACCUUUUUAAAGCAGGUUUGUAUCUUCCUUGUAUCACCUUCUCAGAGUCGGUCAUUCCCAGCUCCGGGACGUUCCAUGUGAAGCUUCCUAAAAAACCUGGUGUAGAAUUGGGAAUCACCAUCAGCUCUCCGUCCAACAGGAAACCAGGUGAUCCUCUGAUCAUCUCUGACAUUAAGAAGGGCAGCGUUGCACACAGAACAGGGACGCUGGAGCUCGGAGACAAGCUGCUGGCAAUUGACAACAUUCGUGUGGAGAACUGCUCGAUGGAGGAGGCGGUCCAGAUCCUGCAGCAGUGUGAGGAGCUGGUCAAACUGAAAAUCCGCAAAGACGAAGACAACUCAGAUGAACAAGAGGUUUCCGGCAGCAUCAUCUACACGGUGGAGCUGCAAAGAUACGGAGGCCCACUGGGAAUAACCAUCUCAGGCACAGAGGAGCCAUUCGAUCCCAUCAUCAUCUCGUCGCUGAGCAAAGGAGGUUUGGCCGAAAGAACCGGUGCAAUCCACGUUGGUGAUCGCAUCCUGGCUAUAAACAGUAACAGCCUGAAGGGGAAACCCCUGAGUGAAGCCAUCAGUCUGCUGCAGCAGGCGGGCGAGACGGUGACGCUUAAGAUCAAGAAGCAGGGAGAAUUGUCAAGUCCGAAGUCCACUGUGAUUGGUCAAAGCAUAGACCCCUGUCAGGAGAAUCAGGAAGGGGAGGAAGAGCCCAUCAUCCUGGUCACACCACCAUCCAGCCAGAGAGCAUUCAGCACACUACCAUCUGUGGACAGCGCCGUGGAGUCCUGGGAUGGAUCCAACAUGGACAGCAGCUUCACCACACCAGCUCCAUCUUUUCAAUUAACUACGUACAGUUUUCAAGAUUGGCGCAGCACCAAGACGUCCAACAGCCAAACGUCGUCCUCCGCUCGUCAGAGAGCCAAUCCGCUGACAGAGCUGGGCCUCGGUGACGACGACUGGGAACGCCCACUCGGAGGGUUCACUGUUGGGAACGAUGGCACAGAACCAGACCAAGAAGAGAACUUCUGGUCUCAGGCCCUGGAGGACCUGGAGACCUGCGGUCAGAGUGGCAUCCUCAGGGAGCUGGAGGCAACCAUUAUGUCAGGCUCCACCCUCAGCCUGAAUCAUGACCCAACCCCUCUGCGCAGCACCCUGGGUCGUCAGGCAAGUUUUCAGGAACGUAGCAACUCCCGACCACAGGUCACUCCUCGCUCAAACACCUUACCGUCCGACCCCCAACGUCGAGCCUUCGCAAUGAGGAAAAUGAGGCAGGAAGUCAAUGAAAUCCUUACCCAGAACCCUGUGGAACUCCAUAAGAUGAGCCUCGAGAAGGCUUCCGACAUAGAAGACUUUGGUUUCAGUGUUUCAGACGGUUUACUGGACCGUGGGGUUUAUGUUAACAACAUCCGACCUGGAGGGCCAGCAGAACGGGCUGGCCUCAGAGCCUUUGAUCGGAUAUUACAGAUAAACCAUGUACGGACCAGGGACUUUGACUGCUGCUUGGUGGUUCCACUAAUAGCAGAGUCUCCAAAUCGAUUGGAUCUUGUCAUCAGUCGAAACCCCACCUCGUCCACGCCCUCUUCUACUCUGCUGGCCAAUCACAAUGACGGCAACACCAACAACAGCCACUCCUCUCAGCCAAAUAAUGACCUGGAACACCCUGAGAUUUUAAUGGGCCACGAAGAGGACUGCGGUCCGAUCAAAUGGAACCAACCUGGAGAUGGGCUGGGGUUGGGGCUCGGUGUAGGACAGGUGAACAGUGGCUCGUCAUAGCAGGCUGACCUGACCCUACCCGAGUCUAACUUGUGGUCAUCAGACUAAAAGCCAGAUGUCACCGAGAAGUACAAUGCAACCAAGUUGUGUCAAAGUGGGUCAGACCCGUCACCACUGCUUAAGAGUGGAACCCCGUGGUGCUACACUCCUGGAUGAGAAUUUUCCUUCAACCACUAAGUAUGAACCCAUGAACUGCUCUUGGAACCUAAAAGAACAUAGAGGUAUUGGGACUACUCCUCGUCAAGCAAACUGGUUCUGAAACCUGUUCUUUUGUCAUUGAGACAAGAACCUAAACUACUGAGCCUCCUGGAACCACAGCCAGUAACAACAGUCUUACUAGGCCAAGCUGCGUGCGUACACUGAAUCUUAGUCCCCAUCUAGCUCCCUGAUCUGAAUAAAUGGAACCACAGACAAUGGUUCCAACCGUCCGCGACCGCUGGAUGCUGUUUCUACGUGCUGACAGAUCCAACUAGAAUUAAGAGUCUCAGCUGCUGCUCUUUCUUGUCGAAUACACUGCUGCUGGUCUUAGGGGCAACACAAAUGUGGCUUCUUGUCCAUGCUAGACUACUGACUUGUUUAACUCGAAUCCGUGUCGUCUGACCCUACGAAAAUAGAUACAAGAGCUACGUGCGCCACCGUAAACCAGAACCAAAGUCACUGAUCGGAUAAACUAGAAGUCACUGAUGUUUCAGUCUCAGUCAAGGCCAAACUCACGCUACAGGUUGGACCAAAGCCAGAACACAAGCCAGUGGUCUUACCUGCAUCCAGACACGCUCCUGUGAGUUGGAUUAGGGUGGCUGGAGCCUCGGCACAGAUCCUAGUACACAGAACCUCACAAAUAGUCUUUGGUCUUGGUGGUAACAGAUUAAUGGGUUCUUAUCCAGAGCUGCUUCUCCGGUUUGGAACCCACGGCCUGUCGGAAUCAGAGAAUAAUGGCUCACUGUUAUUUAUGGCCAUGAUGCAGCAGCACAAAGACCGACGGUGUUCGAAAGCCUAGGAUUCCGAAGCUGGCGAUGGUCGGGCAGGAUGCCAAGAAGCCUAGAGAGAUGCUCCGAUCAGGACGCAGAGCUAAUGUCACUGUCGCCGUCUAAAGCUUUGCCAAACCUUAACAUGUUUUGUUCCUGUGUUAGAAUCCCUUUAAAAUCCAUUCCAUUACGUUUGGUCUUUUAUGACGUAGCUGCUCAAAAUGGUAACAAAAAAAAGGUUUUCCGUCACAGUCGAAAAGCACUGGGUGCAGACCAAAUUUUUGGGUCAAGCACUUUAGUCGUCAGCGUAUUUUGUAACAGUUGAUGACUGGUGAGUGGAGAGAAGACCUGAACCUUAAUUAAUUCUAUUUAUCAACUGAAACAAACUCGACAGGGGGUUGUUCGUGGAAAUUUACUGCAUCGUUUGGAAAUCAUGAUGUCAUCAGCAAACUUUGGCAGCGUAGGGCCAAAAAUAUUAAAUCCAGCCACACAAACCUGGUCCAUGUGGAGAAGCACAAAUAAUUGGUGGUACUGUUUCUAGUUCCUGGUGUGAUUCGUUUCGUGUGUGAGAAUUGCGGUAGCCUUGUUGGAUUUAGGGAAACGUGUUUGUGUUUGAAUUCCGAAUCUUUGUCGUCACUGAAGCGUUUGGUCCUGAUCGGAGCAUCAAUUAAAAAACACACACACGCGCAGUAGGUUAGAGCGUUCUGUGCCAUGAAUGAGUUGGAGGCUGGGACAUAGUUCCAUUUGUGUUGAUAAUGCUGACGACAACACUGAGCAGUUAAAUAAGAAUCUACUGUUUUCUACUGUUUACUCUUGUUGGACUGGCCGCACUGUGUGUGUGUACAGUAUGUACGUAUGUUAGUAUGUGUGUAUGUCAAUCACAAGGCCAGUAAAGCCACUCCCACUCCCAAGUUGAUCAAUCUUGGCAACGAACAAAAUCCUUUCCUUUUUACUACUGACCAAUAGGCAUCCAAGAUUCAGGAUUCAGCUGAUUGGCUGGAACCAAUCAGACAAAACACACAAAGAAGAGAAAAAAAACAAAACAAAAACAAAAAAUGCUUCCUUACCUGUCUCUGAUUGGUUAACCUUGACACCCACAACCAAACCAAUCAGAUCAAUCUUACAGGGAGAAGCCACGCAUGCCACACCCAUCAAAACUACCAAACCCCAGUAACAGUGAUCUAUUAUACUAAUCUAUCUUUGUGUUUCUGUGUGUUUCUGAUUGACUUUGUCCGUUUCCUCUGUUCGUUCGUUCGUUUGUUUGUUUUUACACGACUGAACAUGAAAUUGUGUAAAAUAGAAGAAGAAAAAAACGAGUUCAGUCUUGUUGCUGUUCACAUGAAAAACGUCGAACCCUGACAACUUUUAAUCAUAACCAUGAAAUAUUAUGUGAGAAAAAAAGAGUCCUGUGUUUGAAACAGGAAACCUGUGACGGUAAGACAAAAAAUGUGUGUGAGUGAACGAGUGUGCGUGUGUCUGUGUGUGUGUGUGUGUGUCUGUGUGUGUUGUUGAAUACAACCUUUGGAUUGAUGUCAACACCAUUCUGCUCUCACCUCAGUUUAAAAACUGACCAAUCAGAGUCCCUCGUUAGCACCAAUGGCCAGUAAAAAAAAAGUUGAUUGCUGCUCAAUCUUUUUGCUUUGGUUCAGUGAGCUGAUUGGCUGCUGUUAGAGUUGACUCCUGUGGCUUGCUGUUUUCGCCGAGUCCCCGAACUUUGUUAAGCGUGAUUAUUUUGGAAUCUGAAGCACAGCGCUAGCAUAUUGUUAGCAUGUGGCUAACAAAACAAUGAGCACACAAAGACUACGGUGAUUAAAAGUCUACACCCCUCUGUUAAAUGUUAAUCAACAUACUGAACUUCAGAACUUAAACCUUAAAUCUGCACAUUUCAAUAAAACAAAUAUCACAUAUCAACCAAUAUUAAAGAGUACUAAGAUACAUGUGCCAAUAAAUAAAUUGUAUCUGACUCACCUCAAAUAAAGUUCAAUAGGUUUUUCUU